AUGGCAGGUCUGGGACGUCGCACGCACUACCGCAAGCAUUUGACGGAUUCGAUCAUUUAUGAUUUUCCGGAACCCGGCGAGAACGAACGGAUUGCCAAGGUGGUGGCCACACGAGGCAGCAAUCAGUUUGAUAUUGUUUUAUCCUCCUCUGAGGAUCAUCAACCAUCCACGGAACAACGAGAGUCUCAUUUGGCCAUCCUACCUACCAAAUUCAACAAACUGGUCUGGGUCAAGCGCAACGAUUUUGUCAUUGUCGAGACCGGUGUGGAGAAUGAUGAACCGAAAAAUGAUGCCGACACGGGCAGCAUUCGCUACAUUAUUUCCCACAUUCUCUACAAAGAUCAAGUCAAACAUCUUCAGACCAAAGGCUUGUGGCCGUCCAAGGAUGCUGAGUUUGCGACGGAUAAGAUUGGACUAGAGGAUACGGCUGGCCAGGAUGGUCAAGACAACAACAACACAAACAACACUGAUGAGGCCAAUCCACCCAAAGACGAUGGUAUUGUCUAUGAUACGGGGUAUGAAGAUGACGAUGAAUAUUUGGUGAAUACCAACCGAUUGGCUGCACUCAAAGUAGACGAUUCUUCCGACAGCGAAUCCGGUGACGAAGAGUAA